AGGAAGUAAUGUGUCUUCCUACUUGGUGACGUCGCAGCAAUACAGAAACAACAGCAGCAGCGCUCAAAGUUGUCAUCGUAGCCUGUUCCUGGUAGCCUACUAACGGCCAGCACCAUGGAGCGAGUGCUACUGACGGGACACCUGACAAAAGUGCUGUUUAUUCUUGUUCUCAUGCAGUUCACACGCCCGUUAAAUGCAGUGUCGGAGCCCGGUAAAUGGAUGCUGACAGUCAACAGUGAAACUCUGAAGAAGCAAUCGUAUUUCCUUUUCCACAAGACAAUGUUCCAAGGCACCGUCAUCAAACUCACAGUGACGUCAGAGACCUGUGCCACUAACUCCACAGUCGAGCUCAGCGUCUCCUGGUACCUGAGGAGCUCUCACUGCUACGGUGAGGUCUUCAACCUGGAGCCAUCGGAGGCAGACAACUACUUCAAGGGAACCCGGGUGAAACAGGAAGGAGGAAGUGGGUCCUAUGUGUUCCAUCAGUACGCCAACAUGAACUGCACACCUCACAUGGACCCCCAUCAGUUUGUAGUUCCGUUUGACAAGCCGACCCAACUCACAGAGCAUGUGAUGAAGCAGCCUGCCACUUCCCAGAACCCUGCAGGAAGAAGGAGGAGAGAAGCAGGGGAGGCCAAGGCGGCUGCUCUUGCAGGUAAACAGGUUCCUCCUCAAACCCAGGCCAAGGCUCCCGCAGCCCCAACACGCAAGCCGGUGCAGCACUUUGACUCGGUGGCGGAGGCCUGGGAGGAUGGCCCCUACAUGUUCAUCCUCCACAUCAGCGAGGUCACGGACGGGGUCAAGCACCGCCCAGCCGAGGCUGCAGCCACGCCCGCCUGGGACAUCCAGUUUCAGAUCAGCAUGCCAGGUCCUCAUGCCUACAUCUCUGCUACUGAGUGGCCCCUGAUGAUCUUCUACAUGGUGAUGUGCAUCGUGUACGUGCUGCUGGGCGUGCUGUGGCUGGUGCUGUCUGCGCUGCACUGGAGGGAGCUGCUCAGGAUCCAGUUCUGGAUCGGAGGGGUGAUCUUCCUGGGCAUGCUAGAGAAGGCUGUGUACUACGCAGAGUUCCAGAGCCUACGCUACGACGGCCUGUCUGUCCAGGGGGCGGUGGUGUUCGCUGAGGUCUUGUCUGCAGUGAAGAGGACUCUGGCUCGCGUGCUGGUCAUCAUCGCCAGUCUGGGCUACGGCAUCGUCAAGCCCAGGUUGGGGGCGUUGCUCCACAGGGUCGUGGGUGUGGGUCUGCUCUACCUCGUCUUCUCCAUCGUAGAGGGCGGCCUGAGGGUCAACUCUGAGAAAGGUGACAGCAGCAGGCUGCUGUGUGACAUAGUUCUGGCCUUCACAGACUCCUGCAUUGUGUGGUGGAUCUUCGUGAGCCUGGCCCAGACCAUGAAGCUGCUCCGUCUUAGGAGGAACGUGGUGAAGCUCUCCCUCUACAGACACUUCACCAACACGCUCAUCUUCGCCGUCAUCGCCUCAGUUAUAUUUAUUAUCUGGACGACCAAGACCUUUAAGAUGUCUCCCUGCCAAGCUGACUGGAGGGAGCUGUGGAUCGACGACGCCUUCUGGCGCUUCCUGUUCUCCAUCAUCCUGCUGGUCAUCAUGUUCCUAUGGCGACCGUCCGCCAACAACCAGAGGUAUGCCUUCAGCCCCCUGGUGGACGAGGAGAGCGACGAGGAGGCGACGGAGCAGCUGAUGAACGAAGCAUUCGAGGGAGUCAAGAUGAGGGGGCAGAAAGUGGAGACCAAUGGAACAGCCAAACCUACCAAAGUGGAUGAGGAUUUGAAGUGGGUGGAAGAGAACAUUCCUUCUUCUAUGGCCGAUGUCGCUCUGCCUCCUCUCCUGGACUCAGACGAGGAGACCAUGACAACCAAAUUUGAGAUGUCCAAAAUGGAGUAGAUGGAGGGAUGGAUGGAUGAACAGAGAAGAUGGAGAGACUAACAGUUUGUCACCGUGAGUGAGGAGGAUCCUGUAUUGUCCCUUUCUUAUGAGCUUUGUAAGCGACGUUUGUAAAUAUAUUGGGGAUAAUAUGAUACAAAACAACAACACAAGAAGAAAAUACUACUUUAUUUCCUUUUUAUUGCCUGUUUGUAUUUAUAUUUUCAUGGAUAGGGUUUGUUUCUUUGCUACUAAAAUGCCUUUCUCUGUUUACGUUUUCUCACUACAAGAAUUUGAUUAAAUGCUGUCUGUGUUUGAUAA